GGGUUGUAAAGUGAAAGCGAGGCUAUGAUCAAAACCAAAUCAAAAGACUUCUUUGAAAGAAGUCAAAGGCGCGCAUCUAUAAAUUAAAUUCGUCAUUCAAAUUAGAAGGAAAAUGAAAGGCCAAAAAGCAGAAAAUGGACGGAUGAAAGUGUUUGUGAGAAUCAAACCACAUGAAAAUGAUGGUAAGGAGUCCCUUUGUGUUGAAGCACAGAAAGAUCAGUUACAGAUAAUGCUUAAUGGACACAAAGAUCCCAAAUGGUAUAAAUUCGAUGGUGUUUUUCCCCAUAGCAGCAAAAACCACGAGGUUUACGAGCAUGUUGGAAAACCUGUUGUUCUUGGCGCAUUGAACGGGUUUAAUGGAACUGUCUUUGCGUACGGUCAGACUGGCUCUGGAAAAACUCACAGUCUUAUGUCAAAUGAUGGUAUUACUGCAAACAUGAUAAAUAAAUUGUUUUCAAAGAUUACUCGGGAUCGCGAUCAUACCUGUAAGAUAAAAUUUGGAUACCUGCAAAUUUAUCAAGAAAAGAUGUUUGAUUUGCUCAAUGAAGACUCGAAUCUGAGACUCAACGUGCGAGAGGACCCGUCUACAGGUAUUUACAUUGAGAAUCUUGCAGAAUAUGCCUGCCACUCACCACUAGAUGUUCUCGAAUUGUUGAGAAUGGGUCAGAAGAAGCUUAUAUUUGCCGAAACAAAAAUGAACAGAAGGUCUUCAAGGUCCCAUGCUGUUUGUCAAAUUUCAGUUAUUCGGUCGAAGAGAAAAGCUGGAGAUAGUGAAGAAAAUACAAGAAGAGGUCAAAGUGUACUAAGUCCAAUAAAAAAGUCCGCGAAAGGGACGAAGAGAACUCAAUCUAGUUCAAGUAGAAGGAGGAACUCGCAAAAUAUAAACAGGUCUGUGAAAUUUAGAACGCGUUCGGAAGGACAUUUGAAGACAGCAGAUUCAGGCGAAAUCUGUGUUCCUCAAGUUGAUAUUGCUGUUGAUCGACCAGUCAGUGCUGUUGAGCCGUUGGAUAUUUUGGAUCAAAAUGAUCAGAGUUUCAAUUCAAGCCUGAGCAUUUUCGAUGACAGCUUCACAAGUUCACCCGAUUAUAAUGAUGAAGAUGAUUCCAUUACCUCACUGGAUAAGGACGUCCUGCUAAAAGGGAAGAUUAAUAUCUGUGAUCUUGCUGGAAGUGAAAGAAUCAAGCUAACAGGGGUUGAGGGCGAGAGGCUUAACGAGGCACAACACAUUAACCUGUCUCUGCUUGAACUUGGGAAUGUGAUCGCAGCCUUAGCUGAAGGCAACAGGACCUACGUUCCCUAUCGGAAUUCGCUUCUGACUCGACUGUUACAAGACAGCCUCGGCGGAAAUUGUAAAACAACAUUUUUGCUUUGUGUUUCGCAAGGACUUCAUUAUUUCAACGAGACGAAGAGUACCCUUGAUUUUGGUCAAAGAGCCUUGAAAGUUAAGACCAUGCCAAGAGUCAAUGUCGAGGUUGAUUAUAAAAUGCUUGCUGACGAUUUGAAGGUGAAGCUGCACGAACAAGAAAAAUCGUAUUCUUUGUUGAAAGCUGAGUAUGAAAGGCUGGCGUCGAAGGAAAAUUGCAAUAUGAAAACAGAUGCAGGAGAUCUGGUCGAAGUGCCGUCUUCAUUGGAUGAAAAUGAUGGUACGAGCUUCCACUGCCAGUCCAUGGAAAAUUGCAAAGAAAAAGCGAAAUCGAUUUUAAUGGCGCAGCUAAUGUCUUUGCAGCUCGUAUAUAGCAUUAAAGACAUUGCCGAUAUGGAUCCGGCAACUUUUCCUGUUGAGCCUGACCCGGAUCAUAACAGAAAUACUACCGGCUUAGGCCGUUUAAAGAGCUCUGAACAGUCCUUGUUAUCAGAAACAGAGAGGAGCGGUGGCCUCACCUCAACAUUCGCCCGCACCUCGUCUUCAUCUCCAUCUGGAUACGAGACUGCAUCACCUCGUAGUAGCCAGGAUGAUGUCCGUGGCAACCAGGAUGACGACACUGCUACGUCUGCGAAAGAAAACUGGCCGCAAUCAUCAAAGGAACCUUGUUCUUUGUCGAACACGUGUAGUCCUCUUCUAAAUAAACUAAGAGCACCAUAUUCUCCAAGACGUAGCUGUAUCCUGGAGAAUCUUUUCGAAACGCAACUCUUUGGUGUCAAUUUGGAGAGUGUUUUACAAUUAUCCGCCUUUACUAAAACUGUCAAUGAACUGAAAAAGGAAUUCAAACAGCUAAAAAGCUCGAUCGAUAAAGAUCUUGGCCAGUUUUGUACCGACGUCUUUCAUAUUUCCGAGCCACUGAAUACUUCAGGUCAUGAGGUUGAUUGUAGAAAUAUCUGUGCCGUGCUGAUGCAGAAGCUCAACGAUCCGACGACAGCCGAUGCAGUUUCACCUGAUGUCCUUGAUCAACUUUCAAACUUGAUAAUGGUUGAACAAACCCUCACAGGAUGUCUUUUCGCAUUAAAGGGACGCAGUGAUACCACUAGACAUUCGAUGUUACGUCAAAGUCAAAAUCUGCACGAGUCUAGUGUGGCAAAGUGCUCAGCAUCUGAUAUCGCUGUAUCACAGGAGAAUAGCUCAGUGACGUCACCACCCGAACAGCCGAUAGAGAUUGCGAAGAAAUCGAAGAAGAAAUCUCGUUUACAGCGAUUCAUGUGCUUGCCUUUAAGAAAAUCUCCUCAUGUCAAAUAAGGCUUUUAAAUAACUUUGUAUAAACGAUUGUGACUGUGACAUAGGCACACUUCAGGGUAGGAGAUGAGAAGUUCUCUUUAUUCAUGGCCAUUAUCGACUUUUUAUCAAUUCUGAGAUUAAAUUUGAAGGGGGCAGUGAAUUGGAGUGUGUUUUAUGUCAUGAAAAGGGUGUAGUCCCCACAAUUUGCACCAUUUGUCC